GUUUCAAUCGCCUAUGAAUUACGAUUUUGUUUUUAAUACGUUGUAAGUUUUGAAAUAUUAAAAUUGAAACUUGUAAUAUAAGAUGUUGACAAUGAUUGUAAAGCAUUCUUAUCUAGUCCUAAUUUAUGUGUCACCUCUGUUAUCUUCAUGAACGAUGAUUUCUUGAUAACCGAGUAUGCAUUUAUGAAAUGUCAGUGUGACGUUCGCGAAUUUCAUAAGUGUAGCUGUUGCACGAAAAAUUCAUUCCAAAUUCACGCGAUCGACUUUUAAUUUAAUUUGCAAUUACAUCAUGUGUAUUUUAUUUAUUUACCAAAAUGCAAAUCCUUCGACCGGUUGCUACCGCCUAAUUUUGAUAGCAAAUCGAGACGAAUAUUACGAGAGGCCAGCUAACCCUGCGCAUUUUUGGGAAAACUAUCCUGGAUGUCUCGGAGGUAUUGAUAUGGAACCUGGAAGAGAAGGUGGAAGUUGGUUGGCACUUAAUUAUAAAACUGGCCGAGUUGGCGUGAUAUUAAACUUAAACGGUGUACCAAAAUCUUCUGUAGGCAAGGGAAGAGGUUUUUUAAUUAGAGAUUAUCUUAGCAAUUCAGAGUCUACUGAAAAAUAUGCCACCGAUCUACACAAAAUUAAUCAAGAAACACAAGCUUACAAUCCAUAUAAUUUUAUCAUGGUUGACUUGAGAAGCAGUAGCGUUUAUUAUUUGAAUAGUUUAUUAAAUUUCCCAGGACCCAUGCGCAUUAGCGACAAAACUUUAGCUUUUGGGAAUAGUGGAAUAGAAAAACCAUAUAAAAAAGUAUCGAUUGGUAAAGAAAAUUUUGAAAAAAUUGUUAAUGAUGCAUCGACCUUACAGCAAGAGCAGUUGAUAGAGAAUUUAAUACAAUUUUUAAAGCUAGAAGAAAGGCAUCUUCCAGAUGAUGAAUUAAAAAAACGAUCUUCACAAGCAUUUAAUGAACUAAGUUCUAUAUUCGUUCGACAUGAAAUAGCAAAAUACGGAACUAGAACUCAUAGUAUUAUACUGGUCGAUGAUAAUUAUCAAAUAACUUUUGUGGAAGAAACUUUAGAGGCAAAUAGCAGUUGGAAGCGUCAGACUUUCAACAUCCAUUUAGACUAAUUAGACGUAUACAAUUAGUUGAAAGUAAUAUAACAUAAUUGUUUUUCUACGAAAAUUUUAACA